AUGCCUUUUCAUGAGAUUGAUGUGAUACUUGGUCUGAAUUGGCUGUCUACCCAUAAUAUACUCCUUGACUAUAAGAAUAGGACUUUGAUUUUUCCUCCUCAUAAGCUAACCCCUCGUAACGACGUGAAACUGAGCUUGAUUACGGGAGCCCAAGCCGGGGAUUGCCUAAGACAUGGCUAUCAGGGGUAUGUGGUAUUCUUCUCUGUACAUGCAGAAGUGGAAGAAGGCAUAACAGAGAUACCCGUGGCAUGCGAUUUUCUAGAAGUCUUUCUGACAGAAAUUAGCAGGUUACCUCCGGAGCGAGAGGUAGAGUUUGCAAUUGACCUGGUACCUGGAGCAGGGCCGAUUUCCAAAGCCCCAGAUUGUAUGGCUCCAAAUGAAAUAGCAAAGUUAAAGAAGCAAUUAGAGGAGCUCUCAGAAAAGAAUUUUAUCCAGCCCAGUGUGUCACCAUGA